UCUCACAACCACACCGCACAAGGCUCCCCUGGUCAGCUUAGCGCUUCACUGCUUUCCCUUUGUCCCUCCUUGCACCCUCUUCACCUCCCUGCUUCCCAACUUCUACCCAUUGACUACUGUAGACGAUGGACGAGGUCCUACCGGGCCUCUGGGUGGGCGAUCUCGCCUGUGCCCUCUCCACCGAAUACCUCUCCCUCGCGGGGGUAACCCACAUCGUCACUGCCCUCAAGCAGCGUCUACCUCCUCCGCCCCUUCUUCCCUGCGGCCGUAGAAUCCUCGCAGAACACCAACGUCAUGUGUCCAUCGACGAUGAGGAGUCGGAGCCCAUUCUGGUGCAGUUUCCUGCUGUUAAUGAUUUUCUCGAAGAAGUGUUGCAGGAGAGAUGGGUUGAAGGACAGCAAGGAGCUCCCUUGGACGAGCAAAGGUCCUCGGAUGGCAAGUGGGGUCAUUGGGAGACGACGGGCGAAGGUACUGUACUGGUACAUUGUCAGGCGGGCUGCUCACGGAGUGUAGCUCUAGUGGUAGCAUACAUUAUGGCCACGCGCAAGUGCUCCAGGGACGCUGCUCUAAGUAUGGUCCGCGCUCGUCGAGCUCAAGCAGAGCCCAACAGUGGUUUCAUGGAGCAGCUUUCCCUCUUCGAGCAAGCAGGUUACCAAGUGGACCUGAGACAUGCGCCCAUUAGGAGGUUCCUCAUGAGCAAAGUCGAUGUCCUCAAUGGUGGGAGUGUCGAGGACAUCUUGAUGAGCUACUUUCCCUCGCCCGCUCACAGUCCCUCGGGAAGCAUGUCAGGCUCUACACUGGGAGGCAGAUCGAGGAGAAACAGCAGCAGUAGCAGUGGACCACACGGCCUCAACCUCGCUCCCCUCAGCUCCAUCGAUGGAGAUGUGGAUGACUCGACUUCAUCUGUGGAAUCCCCUCGCCGGCCCAUGAUUCGUCGGCGCUCUCGCUCUACAGUCGGAGAGGGCACAGUCAGGGACAGCAAGACGGGCAAGUUAGCCGACCUUUCCAUCUCUCCACCGAUGCCAGGCAAUACAGACGCCCUCUUUGCUGCCGAUGCGGAAGCCAGUCCCCCCACCGGCACAUCCUCUUCUUCUUGGGCCACCUCGAUCACUUCUCCGCACGAGGUCCUCAUUGCUCGCUCACGCGGCUUCCGGCUGCCCGGAGGUGUGCCCUCUAUUCGCGGCCACGAGUCGCGCUCCGGUAGUGGCUCUCUACCCAAGCCAGACUACCUCAGAGGAACACCAAGACUGAGGUGUAAGAUGUGCAGGAGAGAGAUUGCCGCAAGGGAUCACAUUGUGGAGCAUGAGCCGGGCAAGGGCAUCAUGGCAUUUGAUGUCAAGAACAGGAGAAAGGAGAUGAGGGGACCCAAGGCGGCCGAGGAGGUUGGGGGUAGUGGGAGCGGGAGCGGGGGACAGGCUUCGAGGAGCGAGCAGGAGAAGCUGGGCAUGAGUCAGAUGUUUGGGAGCUUGAGACGCAGUCGGAUCGUAGACAGCGACGAGGACGACGACGAGACGUCCGCUAAGCUACCGGACGGAACUGGAACAGCAGAUGACCAAUCCUCAGAGCCGCAGCAAGACGCAUCUUCUCCUCAAGUAGACGGUCAACCAUCAGGAGCAGACUCCUCCAUGACGAUAGACCCACCCACGCCUGCCUCCCCACCAGCUGGCCGACCAAUUCAGUCCGCCGCAUCCCUCACAGCCUCUCUGCCACCGCACCUGGCAGCUCUGCGAGCAGGCCGUGCUCCUCCUGGUACGCAGGACGCUCAGAGGAAAGCGCUCGAGGAUAGCAGAGAGAAGAAUCGUAUUGCGAUGGAGCGGCUGAGGGGGAGGAUGGGAAUGGGCGGAGGAACCACGUCCGCUGCAGGGGGAGGGGAGCCCGGAGCAGGAGCAGGAGCGGUCCCUCCUUCUAGCGAUGGAGAGGCGCAAGCCGAGCACAAGCGGGGAGCCGCCGAUGGAGCGUCGCCUUCGGCUUCUACUUCCCAGCAAGGACAGGGUCAAGGACAAGGACAGAGCCAGAGCCAGAGCCAGAAUCGCCGGGCUAUCCUCCACUCCCCUGCUUGCACAUCCUACUUCUUAGAGCCACUAGACUGGAUGUACGCCUCUGGCUCUGGCUCUUCUCCUCCUUCCUCCACUUCCACUUCCACUUCCAAAAAGGAUCCCCCUUCUAGUACCACUAGCAACAGUGCCACCAAGAGCAAAGGUGACUCCACGGGCAGUGUCGCAACCAAUUCUUCCCUCUCCUCGGGUCAUCUGUCAGGUAAGCUCCUCUGUCCCAAUGCUCCACGCUGUGGUGCCAAGCUGGGCAAUUGGGAUUGGGCAGGAAUGCAGUGUGGGUGCGGUGCUUGGAUCACUCCAGCUUUUGCCGUGGCGAGGGGGAGGAUUGAUGAAGUUUGGGACUAAGCCUUGGCAGGGGUAGGGCGGAGAGGGGAGAUAGAGGGGAGAGACGACUGUUGCAAUGCAUACAUGUAUACAAUGGGACACGCACGCAUAGCUAAUAGAUACAAAGGCAAUGGAUUACUUUGACACAGG